AACUUCCAUUUAAUUUGUGUGAAAAUUAAAUAUUUGUGGCCAACAAAUAAAUAAAAAAAAGAAAACAAUCACACCACCAGUGCUGGCUUGUUUGGACAAACUGUGGUAAGAAGAAAAAAAAGAAAGAAAGAAAAAAGUCCCUCUCAAUUCUGUUUUUAUUGUUUUUGGAAAUAUUGGCUAGUAUUAUCCACGCUUUUAUUUUCUCGCCAUCCAAACAACUUUUUACAUAAACAGGGGGGGAAAAGAAAAUUCCCAAUGGUGGCGGCAUGUUGUCUUGUAUGCCACCUGGCCGUCGUCGUCGAUAUGAAUCGGUGUCGUUCGGCUACUGGAGUGUCGUCGCCGUCAUCUACUUAUCUGUGUCCCUUUAAGCCUACUCAAUUCGUUGCGAGCUCCAGAGUCGUCGGCUUCGGUUUCGGUUUCCGAUUCGAGUUCCGCCGGAAGGAGCGGUUUCAGAGGCGGCUCAAGUUCGUCGUCAGUGCAGAGCUAUCGAAGUCGUUCUCUCUCAGUCUCGGCUUGGAUUCUCAGGUCCUCCAGCCUCAUGAAUCAACCCAAUUGCCUUGGGUUGGUCCUGUUCCAGGGGAUAUAGCAGAAAUUGAGGCAUAUUGUAGAAUCUUUAGAGCUGCAGAAUGGCUUCAUGCUGCGUUAAUGGAUACAUUAUGCAAUCCUUUAACUGGUGAAUGUUAUGUUUCAUAUGAUGUCGUCUCAGAUGAAAAGCCGUUAUUGGAGGAUAAAAUUGUUUCUGUGCUUGGCUGUAUGGUGUCCCUUCUGAACGAAGGAAGGGAAGAUAUUCUUUCUGGGAGGUCUUCUGUAGCGAAUUCCUUUCGUAUAGUAGAUGUUAGUGCAAUUGAGGAUAAGCUUCCUCCGCUUGCCAUUUUUAGGAGUGAGAUGAAAAGGUGCUGUGAGAGCUUGCAUGUUGCCCUUGAGAACUAUUUAAUGCCUGGUGAUGAUCGAAGCUUAGAUGUUUGGAGGAAACUUCAGAGACUGAAGAACGUGUGUUAUGAUAUUGGCUUUUCCCGUGGAGAGGAUUUUCCCGACCAUACUCUGUUUGCAAACUGGACUCCUGUUUAUCUAUCCACUUCUAGAGAAGACAUUGGAUACAAAGAUUCUGAUGUGGCUUUUUGGAGGGGUGGUCAGGUUACAGAAGAAGGUCUGAAGUGGUUAGUGAAGAAAGGAUACAAAACCAUAAUUGAUCUUAGAGCUGAGAACGUGAAGGAUAACUUUUAUCAAGUGGCAAUAAACAAUGCUAUUGCAUUAGGGGAAAUUGAAUUAGUCAAAAUUCCAGUUGAAGUUGGGACUGCACCUUCGAAGGAGCAAGUUGAGAAGUUUGCAAUGUUGGUUUCAGAUUCCAGCAAAAGGCCUAUAUAUCUCCAUAGUAAAGAAGGAGUUCAGAGAACUUCUGCAAUGAUCUCCAGAUGGAGGCAGUACAUGACUCGCUAUGUUAUGCCGCUUGACUCCAAUCAACCAAUUGCUCCCAACAAUGCAAUGUUACAAGUUAAGAAUGAAAUAACAGAAAAGCAGAAGCCUAUCUCGGGAAAGAAACUUGAGUCGCUGGAAGAUACUUCAAAUAAUAGUUUGAAUAGUGUAAACCGUGCAGAUGCUUUCCCAGAUAGUGAUGAAAUGAAUGGAAGCUCCAAUGGGGUUUGCAGUGACCUUAUUCCUAUUCAAGGAAUGGAACUGGUAGAUACUUGUUCCGGUGAAGAAGGAUCUUUGGCUGACUUCUCCCCUGAAAUUGAUCCGUUGAAAGCUCAGGUUCCUCCUGGAAAUUUUAUCUCCAAAAAAGAAAUGUCCAUGUUUUUUCGGAGUAAAAGGAUAUCACCUCCUACUUAUAAUAACUACCAGUUGGAGAAGUUACCUGUUUCAGACUAUGUGUAUACUGAAAAAAUACAGAGAGGUGAAACUCUUGGUAAUGAUCAAGUGUCUGGACAUCAAGAAACAGGAAGUUCUAAUGGAUCAUGUAAUGAAAAUGGCCUUUCUGGGAGAUAUAUGACUGGUGAUGCUUUUGUUUCCAUUGGUCCAACUGUGAAUGGAUUUGGUGACAGCAACAGUAAAUUAGUUGUGGAAAAAAAAUUAUCUACUACGGUAAGUAAUAAGAAUAAUGAUUAUGUCAAGUCUCAAUCAGAAACCAAAUAUCUGAAUGGUGGCACUAGUGACGAUGAACUGAGUACGGUUGAAGGAGAUAUGUGCGCUUCUACAACCGGUGUUGUAAGGGUGCAGUCAAGAAAGAAAGCUGAAAUGUUCUUGGUUCGUACAGAUGGAUUCUCUUGUACUAGAGAAAAGGUGACAGAGGCAUCCUUAGCCUUCACGCAUCCAAGCACUCAGCAACAGAUGCUUAUGUGGAAAACUACGCCAAAGACUGUAUUAUUGUUGAAGAAGCUGGGACCAGAACUCAUGGAAGAAGCUAAAGAGGCUGCAUCUUACCUGUAUUACCAAGAGAAUAUGAAUGUUCUGGUAGAACCUGAUGUGCAUGAUAUAUUUGCAAGAAUCCCCGGAUUUGGAUUUGUUCAGACCUUUUAUAGCCAAGAUACCAGUGAUCUGCAUGAGAGGGUCGACUUUGUGGCAUGCUUGGGAGGAGAUGGGGUUAUACUCCAUGCAUCAAAUCUAUUUAGAGGGGCUGUUCCUCCUGUUGUAUCUUUUAAUCUUGGUUCUCUUGGAUUUCUUACUUCUCAUACUUUUGAUGACUUUAGGCAGGAUUUAAAACAGGUAAUCCAUGGAAAUAACACACGAGAUGGUGUAUAUAUAACUCUCAGAAUGCGUCUUCGUUGUGAAAUUUUCCGAAAUGGUAAAGCAAUGCCUGGAAAAAUAUUUGAUGUCUUAAAUGAGGUUGUGAUUGACCGGGGUUCUAAUCCAUACCUUUCUAAGAUUGAGUGUUAUGAACAUGACCGGCUCAUAACAAAGGUGCAAGGUGACGGGGUGAUAGUAGCUACACCAACCGGUAGUACUGCAUACUCUACUGCUGCAGGAGGUUCAAUGGUGCAUCCAAAUGUUCCUUGCAUGUUGUUUACGCCGAUCUGCCCCCAUUCUCUCUCAUUUAGACCAGUUAUACUUCCAGAUUCUGCGCGGCUUCUAUUGAAGAUUCCAGAUGAUGCUAGAAGCAAUGCAUGGGUUUCUUUUGAUGGGAAAAGAAGGCAACAACUUUCAAGGGGAGACUCCGUACGAAUAUAUAUGAGCCAGCACCCACUUCCUACUGUUAACAAAUUUGACCAAACUGGUGAUUGGUUUCAUAGCUUGAUUCGCUGCCUAAAUUGGAAUGAAAGGCUUGAUCAAAAGGCUCUAUGAGGGUUCUUAAUCUUAAGAGCUAAUCCUAUUCUGCGCUCUCGGACUAAGCAUGUUGAAUUGGACUAUCACUUUGUCCGUGAGAAAGUUGCUAACAAGACCCUUUCAGUUCAUCACUCUCCCUCAGCUGAUCAACUUGCUGAUGCUCUUACCAAGCUGCUGGCUACCCAACGCUUCCUUUCUUUGUGAUCCAAGCUCACCGUUCUUCCACGACCGAUGAUCUUACGGGGGGUUGUUAAGCCAAAUUAAUAUUCUCAAGUGUAUAUAAUAUGUUUUCCUUUUUCUGUUAUAGAUUAGUGUAUAUAUGCUCUACACGUGUAAAGGGUAGUCUCUCUUUUAGGACCACUGUACAUAUGCUCGACACGUACCAAAGGCAGUCACCCUUUAUAAGACCUCUGUAUAUAUGUAUCGCCUUUAUAAGACCUCUGUAUAUAUGUAUCGUGUACUGUACCAUUGUGUCAUUGAGCAAUCAUAUCAAUAUAUCAAAAAAGUUGGGGCUCACAUAUUUCUUUGAUAAAUGGAGAGACAUGAUGGCCUUUAUAAAGGUCGUCCUUUUGAUGCUCAA